AUGGCCCGCGUCGGAAUCUGGGCACAUAUUGUUUAUGACAGGCGGCUGAGGUCUGCCAUUUUGGCCUUCCUCCCGGUAUUCGUGUCUUUAUUGUGCAUGGAAAGACUGAACUCAUGGCUCCUGACUCUGGUCCUAAUCGUCGUGAAUGGAUGCAUUUCCUAUUUGUUAUGUGAUCCUCAUUAUCUCCAAUAUUCAGGUCAAGCUUACUUAUGCGGACUUUUGGCUGGCUACAGCACAUGUGUUCAGUUGUAUGGGACCAGUUACUCGUUCGUUAUGUUCACGAGGUAUACGUUAAUCUUGUCGCUCUUUCAUUUCUCGGAAUUUAUCUUCACUGGCCUCACGAACAAUGAGAACUUGAAGGCAGAUAGCUUUCUGUGGAACCAUUCAUUAGAGUAUUGGGUGGCUGCUACAACGUCAUGGCUUGAAUUUGGACUUGAAACCUUAUUUCUACCUCAGACCAUGAUUAAUUAUAUUAGUAUUUUUGGUAAGUUACUUGCUUUUUUACUGAAUAUUAUUAAUUUAGGCAUUUUGGUAUGCUUGACGGGAGAAGUCAUACGGAAGUUGGCUAUGUGGCACGCCAGUAACGCCUUCACCCACUUGAUAGCAAUCAGAAGAAAUAAAGAUCAUAACCUUGUGACUGAUGGAAUUUAUGGGUUGGUUCGUCAUCCUGGAUACCUCGGAUGGUUUUUGUGGUCUGUUGGAACUCAAAUUAUACUUUGCAAUCCGUUCUGCCUCGUAGCGUACGCUUACGUAUCAUACAGGUUCUUCGACGACAGGAUUUACGAAGAAGAGCGUUACCUACUUGAGUUUUUCGGCAAGAGGUAUCAAGAUUACAAACGGCGGGUGCCAUCAGGAAUUCCUGGUAUUUGCGGGUACGAAGCAGCAACUCAAUGAUCUCACAAUUUGCAUUUGAUGUCAGUUUUUGUAAAUACAUAAUAAGUUUAAUAAACAUUAAUAAUUAUUUUGUUUUCUAUAGUUUACUUAAAAGUCGGUAAUCAUUUAAUUUUUUUGGUAAUACAGAUUUUACUGAAAUUUCGAAUAGUAAGAAAGUUUAUUAUUGUUUGCAAAUGACAUCUUGAUGCUGGCUAGGUCCCGACACGAAAAAUUUUUUUGGCGUUCCGUUUUAUUUUUACGGUAGGAUUUCGUUCUUUUUGAAAGAGCCUCUAGUUUUUGAGUAUAUUUCUCAAUGAUUUUUUAGGUGUUGUUAAAAUUGAUCGCGAUUUCAUUUUAUUUUUGUGAGGUUGCUUAAUAGUAUUGUCAUUUUUAGGAGAAACAUGGGUCGCCGUCCGGCUCGUUGUUACCGUUACAUUAAGAACAAGCCUUAUCCUAAAUCUAGAUUCUGCCGUGGUGUACCAGACGCCAAGAUCAGAAUCUUCGAUUUGGGUCGUAAGAAGGCUACCGUCGAUGAAUUCCCAAGCUGUGUCCAUUUGCUUUCCAAUGAAAGAGAGCAUUUGUCUUCUGAAGUAAGUAUAUUUACAUUAGUGUUUUGAUUUUAUAGGAUUCUUUUGGAGUUUAUCGAUCGAAAUCUUUUUUUAUGAUCAAAUUUUAUUUUUGGUAGUGAUGUUAAAGUUUUAUCAUUAUAUGAUCUUAGCAGAGCGUUCUGUGUUUCAAUCAUUAGUAUAUUUUUUUGUUUUAGGCUUUGGAAGCUGCCCGUAUCUGUGCCAACAAGUACAUGAUCAAGACCUGCGGUAAGGAAGGUUUCCACAUGCGUGUGAGAAAGCAUCCAUACCACGUUGUUCGUAUCAACAAGAUGUUGUCAUGUGCCGGUGCUGAUCGUCUUCAAACUGGAAUGAGAGGUGCCUUCGGUAAACCACAAGGUCUCGUCGCUCGUGUCGCCAUCGGAGAUAUCCUCCUGUCCGUCAGAGUCCGUGACCACCAGGUCGAGCACGCUCUUGAAGCCUUCCGUCGUGCCAAGUUCAAGUUCCCAGGACGUCAAUUGGUUGUCGUCUCCAGAAAGUGGGGAUUCACAAAGUUCGACCGUGCCGACUAUGAAGAAUACAGAAAGACUGGACGUGUCGUUCCUGAUGGAGUUCACUGCAAAUACAUCAAAGAACACGGUCCACUGUCCGAAUGGAUCAACAACCCUAUCUAA